CUCUUUCCCCCUCACACACUUCCAUCGAACAGAAAAUGGAAUCGGAAUAAGUAAAACAAAAUGAUUUUUCUUUUAUCAAUGAAAUGACUUACCAGUGAGUUUAUGAAUUAUUUUCCAUUUUGUGCGUCCUACACCGCACCAAAUCAUCACCCAAGAGAACCAACAAGUAAGCAAACAAAUACGUUUCCAUUCAUCGUCAGAGAGAACCUUGCGCAAGCGCAACUUCCCUAAAAACUUGCGUUCACUUUCCUUCUAUCACGUUCCUACUGUUCCCGCCGUUUCUCUUCUCAGCAAGUUACCUUCUAAGUUUGUUGUUCUUCACCUUUUGAUUCCUUCUGCUUGUUUAAAUUAAGUUUUACUUUUUAAAAAAUGGUUCUUUUUUUGUUGUAGUGAGAUUGGAAUUAGAGAAAAAGAGGCUCAGUGUUUUAGAUUUGGGGAGUUGAGAGGUGAGCCUCUUCCCCCCCCCCCAUAAGUUAAUUUGGCAUGUGGGUUGCUCUUAAUUCGAAUCAUGAAUGUGUCGGUGGACUGUUUUUGGACUUUUGGGGAAGAACUGAAGCUGAUUAGUUGUAAUUAAUUGUAUAGUUUGUCUAUAUUUGGGGUUUUGGUGGUUUGAUCUGUAGCUGGAAUAGGGUUGAAGUUAUGAGUUUUUGUUGUUAAAUUAUAUAUUUGUAGGUUGAAUUACUGGGUUCGAAUAUUGUUGUAUAACUGGGUUUGAAAAAUGGAGACUAGACUUGCAACUGAAGCUCGUCGAUUUUAUGGUAUGAAUCCGGUGGAUUUGCGGGCAGUUGGGAAAAGGACAUUGGAGUGGGAUUUGAAUGAUUGGAAAUGGGAUGGUGACCUUUUCAUUGCUAGUUCGAUAAAUCCAGUGUCUGCUGAUAGCAUGGGAAGUCAGUUUUUUCCACUUGGGUCAGGUAUUCCUGGGAAUUCGUCGAAUAGUUCAUCGUCAUGCUCUGACGAAGUGAAUCCGGGAACUGAGAAAGCGGAAAGGGAAUUGGAAAAGAAAAGGAGGGUUAUUGUGGUCGAAGAUGACGGUUUGAAUGAAGAAGCAGGUAGCCUCACUUUAAAGCUCGGCUCCCAAGGUGUCCAUGGUUAUCCAAUCAAUCAACGGGAGAUGAGAACUUGGGAGGGAACUAGUGGUAAGAAGACUAAGUUGAGCGUAGGUUCUGGAAAUCGUGCAGUUUGUCAGGUCGAGGACUGUGGGGCUGACCUGAGCCAGGCCAAGGAUUAUCAUAGACGGCAUAAGGUUUGUGAGAUGCAUUCCAAAGCUAGUAAAGCACUGGUUGGGGAUGUCAUGCAGCGAUUUUGUCAACAGUGCAGUAGGUUUCAUGUCCUUCAAGAGUUUGAUGAAGGUAAGAGAAGCUGUCGCAGACGAUUGGCUGGUCACAAUAAAAGGAGGAGGAAAACAAAUCCCGACACAGUUGCCAAUAGCAAUUCAUUGAAUGAUGAGCAGACUAGUGGUUAUCUAUUGUUAAGUCUUUUGAAGAUACUUUCUAACAUGCACUCUAACAGAUCUGACCAGUCCACAGAUCAGGAUUUGCUAUAUCAUCUUCUUAGGAGCCUUGCUAACUGUAACGGUGAACAAGGGGGGAGAAACAUAUCUGGGUUUUUUCCAGAACCUCGUGAUUCAGAAGCUGUCUCGGCUUUAUUUUUGAAUGGCCAAGGCCCUCCUCAGCCUCUUAAGCACCAGAUAACUGGACCUACAUCAGAGAUUCCGCAUAAAGGAAUACAGUCUUGUGAUGCAAAAGGUGCUGAAGUGCCAGGCAAUACAGCUGGAGCAGUCAAGAUAAAUAAUUUUGAUUUGAAUGACAUAUAUAUUGACUCAGAUGAUGGCACAGAUGGCAUAGAGAGGUCACUUGCACCUGUGAAUGCAGGGACUAGCACCCUUGAUUGCCCUUCAUGGGUCCAGCAAGACUCUCAUCAAUCAAGUCCACCUCAGACCAGUAGGAAUUCAGAUUCAGCAUCUGCACAAUCACCUUCUAGUUCCAGUGGUGAUGCUCAGAACCGUACAGAUAGGAUUGUGUUUAAAUUAUUUGGGAAGGAACCAAAUGAUUUUCCUCUGGUCUUGCGAGCUCAGAUUCUUGAUUGGCUAUCACAUAGUCCGACUGACAUUGAGAGCUAUAUAAGGCCUGGUUGCAUUGUUCUGACAAUUUACCUUCGUCAAGCUGAGUCUGCAUGGGAUGAACUUCGCUGUGGUCUGAGCUUCAGUUUGAGUCGACUUCUGCAUUGUUCUGACGACACUUUCUGGAGGACUGGAUGGAUUUGUAUAAGGGUGCUAGAUCAAAUAGCAUUCAUUUAUAAUGGUCAGAUUGUCGUAGAUACAUCUUUACCUCUCAGAAGUAAUCAUGAUAGUAAAAUUAUGAGUAUCAAACCAAUUGCAAUAUCUGCAACUGAGAGAGCUCAAUUUUCUGUUAAAGGUAUCAAUCUGUCUUGGCCAGGCACGAGGUUGCUCUGUGCAGUAGAAGGGAAGUAUCUGGUACAGGAAGCUACUAACGAUUUGGUGGUGGAUGACGAUGAUGAUUUCAAGGAGCAAAAUGAGCUACAAUGUGUUACCUUUUCUUGCUCUAUCCCUGAUAUGAUUGGAAGAGGAUUAAUUGAGAUUGAAGACCAUGGUUUUAAUAGCAGCUUCUUCCCUUUCAUAGUUGCCGAGGAUGAUGUUUGUUCAGAGAUUCGAAUGCUUGAGAGUGUACUGGAGAUUACCAACACUGAUGCAGAUAUUGGCAGGACUGGAAAAAUGGAAGCCAAAAAUCAAGCCAUGGACUUCAUUCAUGAAUUUGGUUGGCUUCUUCAUAGAAGUCUAUUGAAGUCUAGAUUGGGCCAUUUGGAUCCUAACCCUGAACUCUUCCCUCUAAGGCGUUUCAGGUGGCUUAUGGAGUUCUCUAUGGACCAUGAAUGGUGUGCUGUAGUGAAGAAACUCUUAAAUAUUCUUCUCGAUGGAACCGUCAGUUCAGGGGAGCAUCCUUCCCAUAACCUUGCAUUAAUGGAGAUGGGUCUUCUUCACAGAGCGGUUAGGAAAAAUUGUAGACCUCUAGUGGAACUCCUUUUAAGAUUUUACCCUGAGAAGGCAUCAGAUAGAUUAGGAUUUGAAAAUGAGACAGUAGCUGACGGUGUUCGAGAAAGCUUCUUGUUUAGACCUGAUGCCAUAGGUCCUGCAGGCUUGACUCCUCUUCACAUUGCAGCUGGUAAAGAUGGUUCUGAGGAGUUGCUUGAUGCAUUGACCAAUGAUCCUGGAAAGGUUGGCAUCGAUGCUUGGAAGAGGGCUCGAGACAGCACCUGUUCUACACCUGAAGAUUAUGCUUGCUUGCGUGGCCACUACUCUUACAUCCGCCUAGUACAAAAGAAAAUUAAUAAGAGACCAUCGUCUGGGCAUGUAGUCGUGGAUAUCCCUAGUGCCAUCUCCGACUGUAGCACAAGCCUAAAGCAAAAUAAUGAAUCUACCUCCAGCUUUGAGAUUGGGAAGCUUGAAUCUAAAUCCAUGAACCGACAAUGCAAGCUUUGCGAUCAAACGCUGGCAUAUGGAUAUAGAACAACCAACAGGUCAUUGGUGUACAGGCCUGCAAUGCUCUCCGUGGUAGCAGUUGCUGCAGUAUGCGUCUGUGUUGCUCUACUAUUUAAGAGCUGUCCCGAAGUUCUGUAUGUUUUCCGUCCCUUCAGGUGGGAAUUGUUGGACUACGGAGCAAGCUGAGGUCCAGCAACUCGCCCCACGUUGGUAACUAUUAGUAAGGGCUUGUAUUUGUAAUCUGUUUAUACCGCAAAGUGAGAAGUGGUGUUAUACACCAGUAUUAGGACAGAAUUCCGGUGAAGGUGAUAUUGUCUGACAUACAUUACCUUUUGUUUGUUGUUCAGU